AUGGACGUGGAAAUGUCGUCAGGGGACGCGCCGCCGCAGGCGCAACCGCAACCGCAGCAGCAAGAACAACCGAACCAGCAGUCGUCGACACCAGCGCCCUCGGCCGCGCCCGCACCGCCCGCUCCCAGCACAUCGACGUCAACUUCGACCGGAGCGAUGAGCUUUCGGAGACAACGAGCGUCACGCGCAUGCGAGACAUGCCACGCAAGAAAGGUUCGAUGCGACGCGGCGAGCCUUGGUGUGCCCUGCACCAACUGUGUAGCCUUCCAGAUUGAAUGUCGCAUUCCAAACCCUAAGCGCAAGAAGACUCAAGGUACAGGUAGUCAAGCCAACAAGGAUUCAGAUAGUGACCGAGGCGAUGGCACUGAGGAUCCUUCACCUCGUCCUGCCGCUCCGACUGCGACCAGCUUCGCCCCUCGGACGCCCUCUGUCUUCCACUCGCACAAUGGCACUCCACCAACCACAUUGACAGAAGCUCAGGCUCGGAAGGAAGAGGUUGAUAGUGGCACAUAUCUCGAUCUUGUUAUGAAGCCCAAGUUCACUCGUGCCCCGAUCACCGAAGCUGGGCGAGUCGCAUACCUCGGCGAAUCUUCCAAUCUCACCCUUCUUGUUCACGAUCGUCAAGGCUCGGCCGAUGUUGUUCACUACCCGCUGCCCGAGAACGUUCGCGGCUCCCGAGCCCGUCUCACUGAGCUCGACAAUGUCGAAAUCGACAUUUUACAUCAAAGAGGAGCAUUCCUACUUCCUCCACGCGCACUCUGCGACGAACUCAUCGACGCCUACUUCAGCUGGGUGCAUCCCAUUGUGCCCGUCAUUAACCGCACCCGCUUCAUGCGGCAGUAUCGAGAUCCUAAAAACCCUCCAUCGCUGCUACUUCUUCAGUCCGUCCUCCUUGCCGGAACUCGGGCCUGCAACAACGCUCAGCUGAUGGACGCGAAUGGUUCUACGACACCAGCAGCCCUAACUUUCUACAAGCGCGCCAAGGCCCUGUACGAUGCAAACUACGAAGAUGACCGUGUAACGAUUGUCCAGUCGCUACUCCUCAUGGGCUGGUAUUGGGAAGGACCUGAGGAUGUCACCAAGAACGUCUUUUACUGGAGCCGUGUGGCGACCAUUGUUGCUCAGGGCUCGGGCAUGCAUCGAUCUGUCGAACAGUCACAGCUAAGUCGCUCAGACAAGAGGCUGUGGAAGCGCAUUUGGUGGACGCUCUUUACUCGUGACCGAUCGGUGGCCGUGGCAUUGGGCCGGCCUGUUCAUAUCAACCUCGACGAUGCGGACGUGGAAAUGUUGACGGAGGAUGAUUUCAUCGAGGACGAACAGGACCGCGUGAGCGAGUAUCCGCCCGACCCAAUCCACGUUCAGUUCUUCCUCGAGUAUGUUAAGCUCUGCGAGAUCAUGGGCUUGGUGUUGUCACAACAAUACUCGGUAGCCUCCAAGGGCCGGCAACGAAAUGCCAUCGAUCUCACUCACAGCGACAUGGCACUGGCCGAUUGGCUUCAGAACUGCCCCAAGAUCGUCUACUGGGAGGUGCCACGCCAUCACUUUUGGUCCGCUCUCCUUCACUCGAACUAUUACACGACGUUAUGUCUUCUACAUCGAGCCCAUAUGCCGCCAGGUGGCUCUGCACGGUUCCCCGAUCCCUCGCCAUACCCAUCGCGAAACAUCGCUUUCCAGGCGGCGGCCAUGAUCACAUCGAUCGUCGAAAACCUCGCCGCUCACGACCAGCUACGAUACUGUCCAGCUUUUGUUGUUUACAGUCUAUUCUCCGCUCUAAUCAUGCAUGUUUACCAAAUGAGGUCACCUGUGCCUUCGAUUCAGCAGGUGACACAGGACCGGUUGCGCAGCUGCAUGUCGGCUAUGAAGGAGAUAUCGCGAGUCUGGCUGGUGGGCAAGAUGGUCUAUGCCCUCUUUGAGUCCAUCAUUGGAAACAAGGUGCUGGAAGAGCGAUUACAAAAGGCCGAGGGCAAGCGACAUCGAAAGAUGCGUCAGACUCUCACAACACAAUUGGAACAGCAUAGUCGACAGGCAGAAGCGCCCAAGCGCAAAUACGACGAGAUGGCCAUCGACUUUGGCACCAAUACUCCUCAGCCUCAGGAGUCAUAUGAGAGGUCACGCCCACAGACGCCGAGUGCCGUCAAGGCAGAAACAAAUUCGAUGCAACCACCGCCUGUAACCUCACCAGGUGCACGACAGAGUGCGGCAGACACAUUUAUGGGAGGGACGAACUCGAGACCACAAACCCGACCAGCGACACCUUUUAACCCCUCAUUCUCGGUGCCGCCAACGCCUCCAGAUCUGUACCUUGUGACCAGAAACUCGCCGAACCUAUCUCAGUCCCUGUGGGAGAACUUCCAGCCAGAUCAGCUGUUUCCAGACAGUGCUGCUAUGCCAGCAUUCCCAAACCUAUCGCCAAUCCAGACGCACACUUCCCUCGAUCACAACGCGAUGGGGCCAGUACCAGGCAACGGGCAAGGCGGGAUGGCUAACCAGCAGGCCGGGCAAUUUCAGCAGCGAGGAAAUGGAAUUCUGCCACAAGGCUUCCAAGGGCAUAACAACAUGUGGCAACCAAAUCUUGAUCCGAAUUUGCCGGAAGGGCAGAGUCCUGAUAGCUGGAGCAGCACCUCGGGCCAAGGCCAAGCGGUCCCGACUACACUUAAUGUGGAAGACUGGUUCCAAUUCUUCGGCAUCAAUGGCACUGAUCCAAAUCAUCUCAAUCUUGAUAUACCACUGGGCUGA